UGUUAACGGUGAGCGGAUUUUGUGAAGUCAAUAGAUAAAUAUUGUUUACUUUCUUAUCUGCUCGAGCGACUACAAAUCGUCGGUUGUGCAGAAGUGUCACUGUUAUAUGUGCCGGAACAGUCUGCUUGAUCAUGAAGAAGUCUAAGACCAAGUCUAAGACCAACUCUUACAGCGGUUAUUACAAAAAAAGGGAUGGCCGCGUGAGUUCGGCAACACCGCGGAUUCAACCUAAAGACCUGCAGGACUCCACUGUAGAGCGAGCAGCUCUUGGCAGAAUUGCAAAGAUUGGUGACCUUUACGAUGCUCGUGCCGACAGCUUUACCGGUCUGAGUAUACUGAAAGGCAGUGUGCCGACAGCCAGUUUGACUAUGAGAGACAACCAUUUCAGCCACUACAAUUUCACUGUUACCGACAGUUUUGAAGACAAAUUCAGCAAUCUCGAGGUCAAAGCAGAGUUAAAGUGCCCGGUCCGUGAAGACAGAACGCUGUACUACAACAUAAAAACAGUCAAGGAGCAACUGAAUGUGCUUCAUAAAGAUCUAGCAGACGUUCUCUUGUUAGAAGCGAUCAUGGAUAAUAAUAGUGCCACGCAUGUCAUUAUCGGAAUCGAAUGGGGAGCAAAUUUUUGUGUAUCGGCAGAAGCUGUCAACAAUGACAAGAAAAAUGUCAAAGAAAUUGAAGGAUGUCUGAAAGCCGAAAUGGAAAUUAUUUCGGCAUCGUUUUCUGGAGCUGGAUUGGGUGUAUCCAAAGAAAUCACAAAUUCUGAGAACAGAAACGUUUCUAUUAAGUUUUACGGAGACAUUCUACCGGAUGGCGAUCUUCCGCAGACUAUCGAGGACGCCCAGCAACUGAUGAAGAAAGUGAAAUCUCUCGUUGCGUCCGUGAACAGUGGUAGAGGAAAACCGAUAAUCUACACAAUGCUACCACUGUCUCUGAUUAGGCAUUACUUUAAACUUAAAGCAACAGCGGACGUGGAACUUCACAGAUUGGAUGACGACAUCAUACAGAAGCACGUACAUGUCUUCGACGAGAUUGCCUACUCGAGACAAAUCCUUAAUGAUCUACAUCGCGACUUGGUUGAGAAUCAGUUUUGUCUGUCGGCAGAACACGCUGAAAAGGUCAUGACAAAACAAAAAGAACUUGACAUAGCGGAAUCGAAAUUCAAGGCAAGUUGAGCACGUAACCUAAUUGCG